GUCGCCAUUUUGUUGUCGUCGAAAACGGCUGGAGAAGCGGCGGCAGGCGUCGGCCGAAAUAAACUACCAAAAAUCGGCGUUAUUUCUCAGCGAGUCCGGGCAGAACAGUUAGCUACAUGAGUUCAUGGACUGCCUGCUGAUCAGUGGUUAUGGUAUCGAUAAGGCUCGCGUAGGUUUACCCGGGUCUCUCAGCUCAAAGAUGGACGACAGCGCGGCGAGGGAAGACGCCCGCCGGGACUACCAGUCCUCCCUGGAAGACCUGACGUUCAACAGCAAGCCGCACAUCAACAUGCUCACCAUCCUGGCCGAGGAGAACGUCAACUUCGCCAAGGAUAUCGUCGCAAUAAUUGAAGCACAAAUCAGCAAGGCCCCAGCUACCGAGAAGCUUCCAGUUUUGUACUUAGUGGAUUCCAUAGUGAAGAAUGUUGGAGGAGAGUACCUUGCAGUGUUUGCUAAAAACCUAAUCACUUCAUUUAUAUGUGUCUUUGAAAAGGUGGACGAAAACACUAGAAAGAGUCUGUUCAAGCUACGGUCGACGUGGGACGACGUGUUUCCUCUGAAGAAACUGUAUGCGUUGGACGUGCGGGUCAACUCUCUGGACCCGGCGUGGCCCAUCAAGCCGCUGCCGCCCACCGUCAACGCCAGCAUCCACGUCAACCCCAAGUUUUUGAAACAGUCUGAGGAGGCGUCCUCGCCACAACCGGCCCCUGCCAAGCCCCCACCGGCAGCGCCCGCCCCCCAGCCGACCCCCCAGCCGCCCGUCGCUGUCAGCCAGUCGAGCCUGACCCGGGAGCAGCUCAUCCGGCAGCAGCUGCUGGCCAAGCAGAAGCAGCUGCUGGAACUUCAGCAGAAGAAGAUUGAGCUGGAGCUGGAGCAGACAAAAGCACAGCUGGCUGGUGGUUUUGUGUUACCGACCACGACUGCAGACACGACUCCGACAGCAUCCAGCACGGCGUUGAAACCCGUCACCCAAACUGUUCCCACGGUACGACCCUGGAUCCCUCCUCAGACUCAGCCCGACACCAAACCAUCCACCAGAGACCCCCGUCUGAACCGCUCUGGCCCUCCAGCUGCCUCCCAACCCAAAGAACAGCCUUCUGCUAAAAAAGAGAGCCUCUCCACAACAGGCAGCUCUCACGCUCCAACACCUGAGAAAAGACCGCCGGAGAGGUCCACCCGGCCGGAGAAGGCCCGCACCCCAAGGAAGGACGUGUUGGAAGAGAAGCCCAAGUCCAAAUCUCCAUCUCCAAUGGCUAAAAGUGUGCAGAGCAAAAGCAAACAAGCAGAGGCUGAGAUUCAGAAGUCGACUGAUGGCACAAAGAAAGAUCCUCGACUGAGGAAACGGACGCAGGACAAGAGCGGAGACGCCAAAGAUGACGAGCUGAAGGAGAAAAAGAGAUGCAACGACAAGAAAGAACGAGACGAGGCAGCUCGGGGAGCAGAUCCACAGAGGUUCAGCAAGGGGAAGCUGGUGAACGGCUCAGUGACCAAACACAACCAUGACGAUGUAGCCGACAGGGCCGGAGGCAACGCCCGAACGCACGCCAGGAAACGCACCCGCUCACGGUCCAGGUCACGCUCCCCGACCUCGUCCCCGAAGAGGAAGGACAGGCGGUCGCCCAAAAGCAGAACCAGGAGCAGCUCCUUGUCCCCGUCGCCUUCACACAAAGCCGGCAAACCUAGGAGGGUCCGUGCAGAUGAACUGCAGCACGGAAAACCCGGCCGGGAAGACCGACUCGCUCCCAAAAAGAACCAAUCAGACAGCAGGAGGUCCAAGAGGCCGGGAGAGGACCGGCACUCUGAGUCCAGAGACUCCCAUUCCCCACGAAGCCACGAUGGAGGAGGCAAGGAGGCGAAGGAGGCUACUCACCGCUGGAGGAGCGGCUGGGAGGAAAACAAACGUCUGAAGCUUUCUGAAGACACUCAUGCGAAGUCCGGACCUCAGAGACACAAACCAUACAACACUCCAACUCGGCCGACAACCCCCAGAACCCCAAAGCAUCGCCUCAGCGUGGACGCCAACCUGCAGAUACCCGAAGUACUGAACUCAGCGUCCAAGAAAGACCUGCUCAGGAGGGCCAGCAAGAGUUUGGAGAGUGGCGAGAUCUCCCAGGAGGAGUUCCUGAACAUGGCCCACCAGAUCAAACACUUGUUCCAGUAUCAGGAGGAGAAGCAGCAGCGCUCGGAGGGCUGGGACGACGCUGCUGACUUCCCCAUCAAGAAGCAGCCACUGCUGGGCAUGCCCCAGUCCACUCAGCCCCGCCCCCACGAAGCCAUGGACGCUGCCGAGCUGUCGUACUACGAGCACAAGUCCAAGCUGAGGAAGACGCAGGUCAACCACCGCCCUGCUGGAGAGGAGUGGGAGGCGGAGGAAAGCCCGGAGGAGGGCGAGGAAGGAGCUCAGGGAGAAAAGACGGGCAGUGGGCGAAGCACUGGACACCCACCGUCACAUAAAUACAGCCGGACGCCACGGGACCGACCAGGUGAGAGGAGGAGCAAAGAGCGCGAGCAGCCACGACCUCCGCUCACCCCCAUGAUUGAAGAAUACAACCACGGCAAACAGUUCCCCACUCUGAAGUCGCUGCCAGGCCUUCGUUUCAGGAGGAGAGUCGACCCCAAAGAGUCCAGUGAAAGGGAGUGGACCUCACCGCUGACUGAGCGCCAGCACUACGAGGAUCGCGAGGAGCAGAAGAGCGGCUACGACGCUCCACGGAGGUACACCGACUCCAGACACCCCGACCCUCGGAGGCCGGAGGGCCCCCCUCCGUCCGGCACUGUGGUCCUCAGGAACUGUCCGAGUCCAGCUGGUCUGGACUCUUCGGCCCCCCGGUUUGAGCGUGAGCGCCUGUCGCCGCUCCACCAGAAAGACUCGGCAGACGUGAGCCCGAUUCCUCGCUUUGAGAGUCCCAACAGCGAGCACUCAGACGAUGGACCCCUAAACCUGGACACUCCUCACCUGCCCCCUCACCCUAAAUCCAUCCUCAAGGGGCCGCCCCGCGUCGUACCGCUGCCUGGCGUCCGGCAGCACGCCGACUCCCCGGGACACACCCCCCCUCAUGAAGGAGGACACCCCCCCUCUCGGUACAACGGCCCCGGACACUCGGGCCCCUCUAGGUCUCACCCCCCUGGGUGGUACGAAGGUGGGGGUCCCGGGCGCUACGAUGACACACAGUUUGAUGGACCACACCACCAGGGCCCCGGCAGGUUCGAUGGCGGGGGGCCGACUCAUCACAACAUGCCAGAGAGGGUGGACGGCCCCGGGCAGUGUGAGGGCCCCCACAUGUCUCAUGGUCCAAUAAGAGGAGGAGAUGGCAUGGGACGGUUUGAUGGCCCCCCUCAGGGGCCCGGUAGGUUUGGCCCUAUUGGCCAACAGCCCCCUGUGAGGUAUGAGGGCCAGGGUCCUGGGCCGGGGCACUUAGAGGGCCCGAUGCAGCGCUUCGAAGGUCCUCGGGGCUUUAACAACAUGGGCCCCGGUCUGGGUUCUGGGCCGAUGGGCUUCCAGCAGCAGCGUCCGAUGCGAUUCGACGGCCCAAUGAGGUUUGAUGGCCCCGCUCGCUUCGAGGGACCCGGCCAGCCGGGGCCUCGGUAUGACAUGCCCCAUCAGGGAGGGCCUCCGCACUUUGAGUACGCCGCUGGCCAACAGGGGCCCCCCAGGUUUGGUCCCCAGCAUAACCUGCAGCCCCCCAUGAGGCCGAUGGCUCCGCCCAUCUAUGAGAACCCCAUAGCCCCCCAGCAGAACUUCCCUAUGGCCCCCCAACGGUUCGCAGAGCCCAUGAACCCUCAGUUCCCUGCAGGGCCGAUGCAGUUCCCGGCGCAGCCAAACAUGCAGCAGGCGGGAACCUUCAACAUGCAGCCGCCGUUCAGCCAACCAGCCCCCGGCCCCUUCUACAACCCUGCAGCCCCCGCCGUCGGCAUGCAGCAGCCGGUGAAUUUACUGGGAAACAUGAACCAGCCUUUCUUGCCUCAGACCUCAGUGCCUUUCGGACAGCAGACUCCACAGGUUGUCCCUCCAGAGAACCACUUUGGUCAGGUUGACGUCAACGACCUGCUGUCCAAACUCAUCUCCACCGGCAUCAUCAAACCCUCGCAGCCCGAGGCCACGCCCACCUCCAUCACGGAAUCUUCCACGGUGGCUCCAGCAGCUCCAGUGGUGGUGGUGGAGGAGGAGGAAGAGGAGCAGGAGGAGGAGGAAGAGGAAGACCUCCCCGACCUCACCAACUUCAGCAUCGACGACAUGAAACAGCGCUACGAGAGCGUGGUGACCAAGCUGUACUCAGGGAACCAGUGCUGUCUGUGCAGCAUGCGCUUCACCGCCGCUCAGACCGACAUGUACGCCGACCACCUGGACUGGCACUUCAGGCAGAACCACGCCGGUAAAGUGGCCAGCAAGAAGGUCACACACCGUCGCUGGUACUACAGCCUCAUGGACUGGAUCGAGUUUGAGGAGAUCGCCGACCUGGAGGAACGAGCCAAGAGUCAGUUCUUUGAGAAGGAGAACGAGGAGGAGGUGCAGAAGAACCAGGCGGCUGCCAAGGAGAAGGAGUUCCAGAGCGUCAAAGCCACCAAGGACCAAGUGGGAGAAUCGUGUGAGAUCUGUCAGGAGGCAUUUGAGACGUACUGGGUGGAGGAGGAGGAGGACUGGUUCCUGAAAAACGCCAUCAAGGUCGACGACAAGAACUUCCACCCCUCCUGCUUUGAAGAUUAUAAAAACACGUCUUCGUAUCUCGACAUCACUCCGUCGCCCAACAAGCUGCUGACCGACCACCCGCUGGGCGCCUUCGUAAAGACCGAAGAAGAACACGAGGAGAAGGCCAUCGUCUCAGUGAAACGGGAAGUGGAGGAUGUUGAACUUCCUGACAUAAAGACAAAGGAGGAGGAGGAGGUUUUAACGAACCAGCCUGAGGAGCAGACGUAGCUCCGGAUGCUGCGUCACUCCGGCUGCAGCUCAACUUGAAUACAUUUUUGUAUUUGGAUCGUACGCGGCCAUUUCAAGGCUGCUGUUUCUGUGAAUCAAAGUGUUUGGUUUGGUCAAAGCUGUACAUGAUUUAAUUUAUAAAUUAAAGUAUUUUUUGUAUCUCCUGUGUAACGGUGAUUGAAUCCAACAGCUGCUGCCUGUUAGUCUGUACAUAGUUGCCGUGAUUGAUUAUUGAUUGUUGAUGGGUUGGUUUAUUGAUGGGCAGGUGCAGGUUUGAAGGUAAGCAUCAUCUGAAGACUGGAGGACUUCACUCUGAGGACGCCAUCAACUUUUCUUUGUUUUCUUUUGAAUCAAUAAAGAGUCUGAAACGUG